UGAACUGUGAUAUAAUGAGUAGAAGUCACUGCUUAGUUCUAAAGCAGCAAGAAGCUUAGAAAUGAGUUCUUUUACAGUCUUGUAUGUUUCUCUCUGUAUUUUCUUUGUUCAGUUUCACCACACUUUGCAAGCAACACCACCCAUUUUAUUCAGUUUUGGAGGUACGGGCGCGGAUACAGGUGGAUAUGUCCCUGCCUCUGGAGUCUAUAUCGGUAUGCCCCAUGGUAGUACGUUCUUCCGCAAGGGGACCGGCCGGUUUGGUGAUGGACGCCUGAUUAUCGAUUUCCUCUGUGAAAGUUUGAAGGUGAAGUACCUGAGCCCAUUUUUGAAGUCAUUGGCACCAGAUUUUCGAAGUGGUGCGAAUUUUGCCAUCACGGGUUCAAAAACCACCAUGGAUAUAUGGGCGCCCUUUUCACUAGACGUGCAAGUUAAACAGUUCUUUCACUUCCAGCUCCGUUCACUCCAACUCCUCUCACAAGGUCACAAAGAUAUGACAACUGAAACUGGAUUCAACAAUGCGCUUUACAUGAUUGACAUCGGACAAAACGAUCUUUUAGAUGCCUUAUAUCUAUCAAACUUAACUGCACCACCAGUACUCCAAAAGAUUCCAGCAAUGCUUGCAGAAAUCAAGUUAGCCGUUCAGAAUCUUUAUAAAACUGGUGCCAAGAAGUUUUGGAUACACAACACCGGACCGCUAGGUUGUGUCCCGAGAGAGUUUGCUCGUCACCCUCAUAACAACACGGAUCUUGAUGCAAUUGGAUGUUAUAAGGUUCACAAUGAUGUGUCGAUAGCUUUUAAUAAAGGUUUGAAGGCUCUUUGUGAAGAACUGAGGUCAACAUUUAUAGAUGCAACCAUUGUCUAUGUUGAUAUAUAUAGAAUCAAAUUCGACCUUUUUGCCAGAUACAAAAGAUAUGGUUUUAGGGUUAAGUGACAAAAUGCCCCAAAAUCGACCCCUAGGUUUGAAAAUGCCCCGGACGUUAGCCACACAAACCAGAGAUAGAGAGACAGGAGAGAUCUGUAAUCACCCAUGAGAGAUUGAGAGACAGGAAUAAGAAGAGAAGUUCUUGCUCGAUUAGACGGAAUAGAUGCAAGGCAAGGUGUUCGUGGACAGGUGAAUAACAGGUAAAAGUUAACCUUACUUUUGUUUUGUGUUUUGAUUACGGUUUCAGAUCGUACAAAUGAUGGGUUUCACCAUUGUUCUAAUCCGUGUCAGAGAGAGAUUGAGAGACAGGGAGACGAUGAACUUCAGGAAGACGAUGAGAGAUUGAGAGACAGGAAGACGAUUUAGUUUAAUCGGUGAUCCAACUUUUGCAGAGAAGAGUUGAGUUGAUGGUGAACUGUGUUAAAUGUAGAUGAAGUUGUAAGUUAUGAUGAUUGUGUAUUUGAUUGUAUUGAAGAUAAAAAAUGAACUAGAAUGGAAAUGAAUCGCAGGUUGGAUGAUGUUUUUGUAGUCAAGGUGGUGCUGAAGUGCAUAGAAAUAUGCUAAUGCUGAUUGUUAUGCUAAUGUUGUUUCAUCUUUUUGACAUGCUGUUUGUUUCAUCUUUUUGACAUGCUAAUUUGUUAUAUUAAAAAAUGAACUUGAUUGUUAUGCUAAUGUUGUGGUGCUGAAGUGCAUAGAAAUAUGUUGAUGAAAUGCAACUGCAUUAUGAAGUGGAUUUAGGUAAGAAAUUGAAUAAUGCCACGGCUGUCAUACCUCCUGUUAAAAUGAUUAAGUCUUAGGUACAUACUGGGGCAUUGAAAAAUCUUAUCUUUUCUGGACUAAUAUUUGUUAUGAACAACGAGUAUCAUGUGUUCUGCAACUAGAUAUAUAUAUACUUCAAAGGCCUUUAUUUGUAUGCAUUGCAGUUCUCACUUUCAAAGCCUAGUUUCUGUUUCGAAAAGGAAAUCUGCUCUCUUCACCUGGUUUCAUUUGAUACUGCUUCUUUCAGUUAAAGAAUCACACUUAAUACGCACUUAAUAGCAUUGUCUGAACUCUAUGAAAUGACCCCAGAGAGACUGUAAAUAGCAUAUUUGAUGUGUUACAUUGUUGGAUAAAAACUAAAAAACAAAAAACCAGUCUUGUGUUUUUGGCGUUUGCAGUUUGCCUCUCCUGCAGUUCAAUUUGCCAAAAUUUUGUCGGUCAACUAAUGUACCCAGAGUCAAAGUUUUUGUGGGUCAGUGGUGAUCCUGGAUAGCAUCCAUGGAAAAAAUUAGGAAGAAUGAUUAAACGACUUGAACAGAUAUCUCUUUUUUGCUCUAAAGGAAAUUCUGAAGGCAUUUCUGU